GGAUAAGAAGUGUUUUGUUUUACUGAAGCUCUCCUCUGUUCCCACUCGAUCUACGCAAACCGCCUUCUGAAAAUUUCAUCGGCUUGACCUCACACUAUUGUGAGCUCUUUUUAGUUGAAUCGUUAAUAAUCUUUUUGCCUCUCACUUGCCAGCGUCCGCAACACUAUUCACAUUUUUUUUUUUCACCUUUAAAUUGUUUUGAGACAUAAGACGCUAUUUUCUGUUACUUUUCUCUCUUACGUCUUCCUACAAAUAUUUACUACGAGUACUACUAUCUUUUCUUUUUCGCUUUCCUUCUGCCCUACGGGAAGCAACAGCAAAACACUGACCUCAGAUCAAAGAAAACAAAAAAAAAAUGCGCGCCUUCACUCGCCUUGGCAGCCAGGCGAUGGCCUCCGCGGCGCUUGCAGCUGCGACGCAGUGCACCGCAAUGCGUACGUUGUACAGCGAUAAGGUGCAGGACCACUACAAGAACCCCCGCAACGUCGGCAAGCUCGACAAGGAAGACCCGAACGUCGGCACAGGUCUGCGUGGCGCCCCUGAGUGCGGUGAUAUGACGCAGAUGCAGGUUAAGGUGAACCCGGAGACGAUGGUGAUCGAAGAUGUGAAGUUCAAGGCCUUCGGCUGCGGUAGCGCCAUCGCGGCCUCUUCGUACGCCUCGCAGGCUAUUCGUGGUAAAACGGUGGCAGACGCGCUGAAGCUGACCAACAAGGAGAUCGCUCAGGAGCUGUCGUUGCCGCCAGUGAAGCUGCAUUGCUCGAUGCUCGCGGAGGAGACGAUUCACGCCGCGGUGGAGAACUAUCUCUCUAAGAACCCGACGCUGAAGAGCAAGGUGACGAAAAUGAAGGAGAAGGUGAACGAACAUUAA